CCGACCGCCUUCGGAGAGCCGCGUAUCAUCCACCUUGACCCAGAUAUCAUCGCCGGCGAAUCUUCAGACAGCUCUGCGCUCGUCCGGGACAGGAACCAACUUCGUUUGAACAGCAGAAUGUAUUUGAGUAUUUUUUGGCUACUUGCGUUUGGCGCAGCAGUGGGAGCUUUUCGGGACACAUCACCGUUUUUCCUUGCGUCUACCUCUGAAAUUCUUGCUUCUUCAGCAGAGAUAAAAACUGCUUCCUCGAUAUUCCGUGAUGUUUCCUCUGAACUCAGUGCCUGCCCUUCGGACUAUUUUGUUGUCGCGUUUCAACCAGGCGUGCAUAAGUCAGACUAUGCUACUCGCAGGUCAGCACCCCGGCUAGGUGCGAAAGUGACCGGGCAGGAUGAGACAAUCCGAUCGAGUAUGUCCGUCAGCGAAGUUGCUGGUGUGCUAGAUGCGGCACAGAUCCAGGCCAUGAUUGAGAAGGAAUGCAAGACACGCACGACAGUGAUUGAUACUUCCUCUGGAUCCUACCCAUCAUCAUUUGACAAGGAAGCUCGUAUCAUCACUGUUAAGUUCCCUAUGCUGUCAUUAGGAUCCGACCGCGCACAACAGCUUUCAGACAAUGAUGGUCUUCUCGCCGAUAUAAUCGACAGGAUCCCUUCGCCCAGUUAUACGCUUCUCUAUGUUACAUCUCCCAAGGAAUUCGACGAUUCCGGAUCCGGUUUUGCUGGCUACGAUUUUGAGAACAACGGUAUCUACCAGGAGCCUCUUCACAUGCAAUUGAAACGGGACUACUCCGCACAUGUUUCUGGAAAGGAAUCGGCUUCCAACAGCUCUGUUUUCGCAAAGUAUCAGUUCUUUACUCCAGGCAUAUUCAUGGGUCUGAUGGCAUCGUUUCUGUUUGUCUCGAUCUUGUACGUGGGGUUCUCUGCGCUGUCGAGUCUGGAAGUCCCUUAUGCGGCAUUUGAGAAGGAUAUCUCUGCUGGAGCACAGAAGAAGCAGCAAUGAUCAAGUGGAUAUUAUUAAACCUGUGCUAGUUAUUUUCUGAAUGCAAGUUCGUCAUCUGCAUGCCAUGUUGGUA